AAGGCGGAAGGAAAUAUGAACCUCUGAGCAGCACGGAGCUGUCACACACCCUCCCUCUAAACACCGCAGACACACACACACUCACACACACAUACACACCGUCGGGUACAAUAGAAGAGACGAGUUCGCCAAGGAGUAAAAGUCUGCACUCAUUUCUACUAUAUUUUACCAGGGUUCCUGAAUGUGACGCGACAACACUGAAAUAUAACGCCGACCCGCUAGAGGUAGGCUGAGUGCAGUGAUGUCCAGAUCCACAAAAUCAGCCUCGAGAUCUCGGAGCCGCUCGAGGUCCAGGUCAAGAUCCCGUUCCACCUCCCGCUCCAGGAGUCGCUCCAGGUCUCGGUCCAGGAAGCACCGUUAUAGCUCUAGAUCUCGGUCUCGGUCAAGGUCAAGAUCAAGAUCAAGAUCAAGAUCUUAUUCUCCAUCCUAUAACCGGGAGAAGAAAUAUCCGCGAGGGUACCAGAACAACCGGGACUUCCGGGGCUAUCACCGCGGCUUCCGUAGGCCUUAUAACUUCAGGGGUCGAGGACGGGGCUACUUCCCACGUGGACGCUACCAACGAGGUGGACGUGGCUACAAUAACAACAACUAUCAUCAGAACUGGAAGAAUUUCAGGCAGCAUCCUCAAAAACAGCAACAAAAUCAUCAGAAACAACAACAGCAACAGCAUUGGCAACAUCAACAGCAUCAAAACCAUUCACAAGGACGCUCUCAGAAACACUGUGGGACCUCCCCUCAUGGUCAAUCUCACCAGUCCGACAAAUCCUGUUCUCCUUUAUCCAGACACUCGCAGCAUUCUUCUGCCUCAUCACACUCCUCCUCUCCUAAAUGCAGGCCGGCCUCGCUGCUCGCUAACCAAACCUCAAAAGAUUUGAAAGAUGAGCAGCUGGCUUCCAAGGACAUUCAAAAGGGAGGAGAGGGAGAGGAUGAGUCAGGGGAGCGUGUUGAGUUAUUGGCAGGAGAUGAUAUAGAAGGUGCUGGCGGUGGGAAAACUGAGGGGAACUGGAAAGGCCUGACAAACUACAGCAGCAGUCCAAAGAAAAACAGUCCGCUGGCAGGCUCUGCUGCUACUGUUGGUCAGAGCAGCCAAACGGCUAACCAGUCUAGCCCCACUAAAAACACAGGCAUCACACCCAAUGGCACCCCCACCUGGCAGAUGGUGUGUGGUUCAUCCUCGACUAAAAAACCUUCAAAUGAAGGUCUAAAUCAAAUCCUUUCCAGCUUUGACAUCUCCAAAGAAGACUGCCUGGAUAGAGAUAAAACAGCAAUCUCCAUUGCAUUCAGGAAGUUUUGGGAGGAAGCUAAAGCUAAAGCUAAAUCUGCUUCAGAAAAUGUCAGGAACGCAGAAGCAAACUGUAUGGAUAUGGAACAAGAGAAAGUAAAUGGCAAAGCUUCUGUAGUUGUCUCUGAUUCUGUAUCAAGAAAAUACAAAGAGGAUAAUGAUGCUGGAGUGUCUCUGAACAGCUUUUUCAAAGCCUCACCAUUUCUGUCUGCUGAUGGGGAAGAAGAGGAUCAGAUGAUCAUUAAGCCUCAAUUUAAAUCACUUCCAAAAAAUUGGAAUAAUGGAGAAGUGUCCUGUAAGCCAAAGACCAAGGUCGCUCCAUCAGCCCGAGAACAGUUUGAAGAGUGCUUUGCGAAAUGGCAGAAGUUUGCUAAUAGUGACAAAGAUGCCACGGCAGAGGAGCUUUAUCUCAGUGGAAAGCAGGAUAAAACAGCAGCCAUUGCCGCUGCCAAAAGGGAGUUAACGGGAAAAUUCAAAGAACUGUCCCCAGACUUGAUUUGUAAAGCCAGGAAGACGGCAGCAUCUCCAUCUAUCCCAUCUCCUACACCACCAUUGCGGAGGAACUCUGACAGAGACACGUUUGAGGUCAGAGUAGAGGACCCGCCUGUCAUGUCCUCAAGAAAACAGGAAGCAAAAUUUAAUGUCAGAAUGGAUUUCCUUGGAGAUAGCCUGAUAAGUUCUUCAGAUAUUUUAGCUGAAGAGCGACAGUUGUCUCAGGACCUUGUGCAGUCCUCUAAAAAGGAUCAGGAAUUUCGCUCCAUCUUUCAGCAUGUAAAGGCUGCACAGUUACAAAGAAGUCCCUCUGAGCUGUUUGCUCAGCACAUUGUCACCAUUGUUCACCACAUCAAAGCUCAGCACUUUCCAUCUUCUGGCAUGACUCUAAAUGAGCGAUUCACCUUGUACCAAAGACAAGCUGCAGAGAAGGAAAUGAUGAAGCCAAGAAAAAGUCCAGAGAUACACAGGCGAAUCGAUGUUUCACCAAGUGCUUUUAAGAAACACCCUCAACUUUUUGAGGCGAUGAAAAGCUCAGAGGAUGGCACUUACAAGGAUGGAGGGGAAAAAAUCAAGGGUGACCCAAUGGACCUUCGCUUGGAUAUUGAACGCCGUAAAAAAUAUUCGACCCAUGAAAGAUAUUAUAACGAGGAUCAGGGAAGAGAUGUGGGAGAUUCCCCAGAUUCUAGCAGAGAGAGAUCUGUGGAAAACUUCCAUAAAUACCACAAGAAAUCAAAGAAAAGCAAGAAGAAGAAGAAACGUUCUCGCUCCACUUCAUCCUCAUCUUCCUCAUCCUCCAAAUCUAACAAAGAUGAAGGUUUACCCCAAGAGAAACCUGAUUCAAAAAAUGGAGACUUUAAUAAAAACCGACUGGGCCAAAGGGAAUCAUCAGGUUCAGCUGAAAGUGGACAUCCACAUGGAGGAUUUCAAGUAAGAAUACGUGGAAGGAGCUGGAGCAAAGGGAACUAUCAGGGUAACAUUUCACACAGUAAUCCUGUAAGCAUGGUUGUACACCAAAAAAGUGAAGACUGGAACCCAGAAUAUACUCCCAAGAGCAAAAAAUAUUACUUGCACGAUGACAGAGAUGAAGAGUCAGAAUGCAAGUGGACAGACAAUCGAGGUCGAGGGAGGGGAAGUUUAACUCGUGGAAGAGCGAGGUUCCUUAUCCGCAAAGCCACUGGGGGCCCCAAUAUCAUCUAUCCAAAAUGGGGCCUCGAUAAAUUCCAGAUCAAUGAUGAGCAAGGUGGCAUGCAGAGAGAAGAGACAGAACAGGACCAUAAAAGGGCAGAAGUUGAUGGAGAGAACAUCUGAGCAGCAAAGGAAUCUGCAGAAAAUCUUAUCAUUUGUGUUCUCACAAGAUCUGACUGAGUGAUUUUAUCCAAUGGAUCAAUAAAUGCAGAUUAAAUGUUUUAAGAUAUUCCUAUGAAACAUAUUACUUUAAUUUCACUUCUUCAGACUUGACACAACCAUUUCCUACAUCAAGACUAGUAAAAGCGCUGUUUAAGAGUGAAAUGCAGUUUCUUGUCAAGUUUAAAUUUUUAUGCUUUUGCUUUAUUUUGGUAAAUUAAAAUCUCUUUCAUGCAGCAUUAUAUUAAUAUUUACACUUUUUUGGUUAGGAUGGUUAGAAAAUUAACACAAAAAAGAACUGCACAUUUUUGAUCAAAUCAGCUAGGCAACAAGAUAAAUUAUUGUACUGCAAAUAUAUUAAAAUCUAAUUUAAUUUGCAAACAGUGACUAUAUGUUAUGUUUUCAUGAGCUAUGUCUCAGCAAUAAGUAUGUUGUUGGUGAUGACAUAAAACACCACAGUCCAGCCAAUUUGGCAGAAAUAACACUGAUCUGACAAUGGGACCAAACUGCACAGGGUCAUAGAUUGUGCCCUGCAGUCUGUCAUUAUACAGCAUACAACCAUUUUACAGCACUAGCUAAAAGCCUUUUAACAAGCUUGUGAAACAUUUUACUAUCCGAAUAGUAGCUUUAGCUUGUUUUUGGAUACCACUUUAGUGUAUAAUAUUGAUAGUGAUUUUCUUUCUGCAAAGACUUUAAUUUUGGUUUUUGUACUUGGCUACGCAGGAUUCUGACUUCGAUUGUAACAGAGAAUUUGUUUUUACUGCUAUAGAUUGUAUUGUCAUUUUUAUGUUUGCAAGAUUUUAUUUAACCAAACAGGUUUUAGCAGUGAUGCUAACUGUGUGCAACUGUCAACGCAAUGAGAGAAGUAGUUAAAAAUUUUAGUCUAGAGUCUAUCCAAGUUUGUAAAACAAAACAAGAAUGUUUAUUCUGUGCAUAUCGAUGUUAUUUGUUUCUAGGCUCAUUUAUGCAAGUGCAAGUAUACCUUGCUGUGGGUGCACUGGUCUUACUUGCGUAUAUUAUAGGCCUACAGAUUGAAAUUUUAAGGUUGACUUCUUAGGGAAUAUUGCAUAUUUUAAAUAGUUGUGGUCACUGUUUUUUUUUUUUUCUUAGA